ACAACUUAACGAUAACGACCUAGAAGAGUUACAGGAGGGUUUGUUUGAUGGUUUAAGAGCAUUGACACACCUGGACCUGUCUAAUAAUACGGUUGAGAACCUGCCACAAGACGUCUUUAGCAACCAAACAAAUCUCGAAAAGCUGUUUUUAUCCAAAAACCAAAUUGAAGAAUUACCAUCAACGAUAUUUGUUAACCUGACCAAGCUUAAGACAUUAAAAAUGGAGAAAAAUAAGUUGAAAGAGCUCGAUCCUAAACAAUUUCGCGGACUGGCCGAGCUAGAAGAGCUCUAUCUGUCGGGAAACAAACUCAGAUAUUUGCCACAAGGAAUUUUCAAAGGCUUAAAGCAGCUUCUGAUUCUAGAACUCUUUGACAACGAAUUGAAGAACGUUUCCAUCGACAACUUCAGAGAAAUCAGACAGUUAAAAAUUCUAUUUUUACAUUAUAACCACAUGAGGGAGAUUCCCUACAGAUUUUUUGAAGAGUUGAAGGAUAUAUUACGAGUGAGUUUGGACACAAACCUGAUGUGUUGUCAUAUGCACAAGGAGGACGCUGACUGUGCUUUCAUUGAUAACGACGACUUUGCCAACUGUGAAAACAUGUUCAAGAACCCAAUCCCGAGGAAGAGCAUAUGGGCAAUCGGCUCCCUUUCCCUGGCUGGGUCGGUGUUUGUCAUCACAUGGCGUUCAGUCUUUAAGGAUACAAACACGGUACAAUCAAUCAUGUUAUUGCACUUGGCAGUCUCCGAUGGUGUAAUGGGAGCAUACCUAAUCACACUGGGUGUCAAAGAUCUGUUGUGGAGAGGAGAGUAUUACUUGCAUGACGUCAAGUGGCGGUCUGGCUUGGCUUGCCAAAUAAUUGGUGCUACCUCUUUGCUAUCCAGUGAGGUCUCCUUGAUGCUGAUGGCUUUGAUAUCUGCGGACCGACUCAAGAACAUUGUGUUCCUGUUCAGAGGUGGAGCACUUUCGCGGAAAAUGACCCAAAUCCUUUGCGCCAUCAUAUGGCUCGUCGGCUUCCUCCUGGCUUUCUUUCCGAUGUUUGGCUUGAGAUACUUCGAAGAUCUUACGACAUAUCACAACUAUUACGGAAAAAAUGUAGUCUGCCUUCCCUUACAGCUCUCUCGUCACAAAACGAAAGGCUGGGAGUACUCUGUUUCUGUAUUUAUUGGCCUCAAUUUCUUCCUCGUCAUAUUCAUCACAGUUGCAUACCUUGCUAUAUUCAUAAGCAGAGUGCGAGUUAAAAACCAAUCAGCCAACGCAAGGAGGGAGACCGGUCUGGCCAAGAGAGUGUUCUUCAUCAUCUUCACUGACUGUCUCUGCUGGAUGCCAAUCAUCGUGUUUGGUAUGAAGUCGGUUUUGGAGGAGGAUUACAAACAACCAGGGGAUUUGGCUGUUUGGAUUGCCGUGUUUGCUCUGCCCAUUAAUUCAGUGAUAAACCCGAUUCUGUACACAUUAGCAACACCAAAGGCGCAAGAGUAUCUAGGAAGCAAAAUGGCAAUGCUGAGAAGCUUCAUAGGGAGUACUUUUUACUGCAGUGAAGAUCAAGAGGGACGACAACAAGAUCCACAAGAGAUUGAUGAUAACGGGCAACAAGAAGAUGCGCAAGAGCAGCAUGGUGACAAUCAAAUUGGAAUUGGCCAACAGCUUCACAAGGAGGAUCAGCAAGGAGCUGAAAUGCUGGAAAUGCAGCAAAUACCUCCCCAAGAACAAGAAGAAGGCCACGAAGGAGAAGAAGACAUUGUUGAAGAAUAUGAUCUGGAAUAUGAUACAAAGUUGUAA